CAGAGAUAGAGAGAAAAACAGAACCGUGGAGGCAACGAGUUGAGCUUAACUUAGACAAGGGCUUGAGAUCCAAAGAAGACUGAAGACAGACUUAGAAAUCCAAAUCAUCUGCAAGUUAAGAAAGUUCUCAGUCGCUUAGUAGAGAUGCAGUGUCCUGCCUGGCUUUUGGCCACAGUCGUCUUGUGUUUUCACAGCCCAUAUGUAGAUGGACGCUUCUUGGAUUUGUCCAAUUGCAUGGGCCUUACAUCUAAUGAGCAAAUAUUGCAGUGUAUUAGGCAAUGCAGACCUAAGCAGGACGUUUCCGAAUAUGGAACAGUUGCUUCCUCUGAACAGCAAAACAAUGAGGAAGAGGUUGAAGAACAGAGCCUGAGUUUGGGUCUAAUCUUAUCUGCUCUGGCUCCUGGUUCAUCCGAGGCCCAAAACCCCACUGGAGAAACUUCCCACAGCGAGGAGAGGAGAUCGUACUCUAUGGAGCAUUUCCGCUGGGGUAAACCCAUGGGCCGCAAACGCAGACCCAUCAAAUUGUUCAACAACGCCAUUGAAAAGGAGCCAGAGGAGUCCAUGGAAACCUUCCGUGUUAAGCGAGGGCAGGGUGCCAUCCUGGAUGGUCAACAGAGGAACAAUGUGAAGACCAAUGGAAAAUAUCGUAUGAACGCUCCUCCUGACAAACGCUACAGAUGGUUCAAGAAGCCCUAUACAGAGCAAUCCCACACGCCUCUGCUCUCGCUGAUAAGAAACAUCAGCGUUAAAUACGGACACCAGUUCAAAAAUUAA